AAUAGCUUUGAGCCAGACUUUGCAAAUCAACGGUAAUGUGGAGUGCCACCAUCGCUUGUGAGGAGGUGGUGCAUGAGUACCCAUACUUUUAUCCUUGCUUUUCGGGAGGUUAUUGUGACUCUGGAAGACGUGGCGAAUCUGAUGUUGCUGCCUAUUAUUGGGGAAGAGGAUCCACGGCACAUAACGUUAACACUAGAGGAGCGUGCCACGCUAGUAGCUUUGAAGAAGGUAAAGUUAGUCUGUGUGUACGUGCAACUUGCCUUACAUCUUGGUUGAGUAAGUUUGUCUUUGGGGGCUUCUUGAGCCACGAGAUUAUGGCUAAGUGCAUUCCUCUAGCAAUUCGAUUGGUCGAAGGUGUGAAGCUCCCUUUAGCCUCGCUGAUGCUAGGUACGCUCUAUCACAUGCUUGAUUUGCUCCACUUUGAUGAGAUCCUUGGUGCUAGCUAUUACAUCAUUGAGUCACAUGUAUGUUUGUCUUUGUUGCAAAUGUUUGCAUGGGAGAGAUUUCGUCCAUAUCACUUUGGCUGUGUUACUAGUGGGAAAGCUUUGAAGGAAUAUCCCAUGGCGAAGUGUGGUUACACCAACGGAACAGCUCUGUUAGCUUCAUACAAGACAAUGCUAGGGACAUUUGCUCCGCCCGAGGUGAGCCUUUUUGACAAGACACUCCCAGUGGUCCUUGGGAAUCAGAUUGUGGAGUUCACCAUGGGGAGCUCAAGUCAUCUAGAAAUGUUGGUGGUGAUCACACCAUCCAUGAUGCCGUGCAUGACAUGGCGAGGAAUGUGGAGUCUAAAAUGCUACUAUCUAGAAAGAGUCAUGAGACAAUUUGGUUAUGAUCAAGACGUACCUCUUGCUCCUUCAUCGAACAAGACAGAUUGGAAUAAGGCCAUGCCGCCUUAUGUUGAUGAAACUGCCACGGCCAUGUGGAGUGGGGGCACUGCCACACAGGAGGAGUAUGACCAACCUAGCGCCAUUAGCGAAGAAUUUGGGCAAGAGGCAGCUGGCAGCGUUAGGGCUGUAGAAGGAGCCGAUGAAGUCACCCCUCCCAGGAGGUCGGUUUUGGGUAAAAGAAAGAGUGUUGCCCAUCCGCAUACGAGCAGAGCACAUAGAACUUCCGCUUCACCAGCCAGCAAGCCAAGUAAGGCUAAAGUGCCCACACCCUCCGAGGCCAAAACUGCUAAGGACAAAGAUAUAAGUUGUGACAAUGAAAACAAUGAGAGUUCUUGGGGGGAUCCAGAUGCCCGCGACCUGCUCUUCUUCUUUGCUCCCCGACAAGACCCCCCCAAGCUGCCGACCGUCCUCUCUUGAGGAAUUGGCAAAAGCUUGCUAUUUUUCUCCUCUUUUCUUGUUCAAGAACAAGAUUUAGGGCCUAGAACUCCCUCUAAAGCCGAGGAAUUUUCGGAUUUGCUCUGCUCUGUGUCCUCCAUCCGCUGCUCUUGUCGGUUUGUGGGUGUGAAAUUUUCCAAAUUCCUGCCGUGACUUCCCCUCCAAUUUUCCGUCAGCUUCCUUACCCGCCGGACCCGAUUCCUGCUUGCUGGAAAAUUCUGGAAUCUCGUGUUCCAAUUGGGAGGGAACAAUGAGGCUUUGGUUUGGUUCAUGGAUGGUGAUAGAUGUGUGGGUGUAAUGUGAACAGGAAGGAAGCAGCGGCAAUUAGUGUGUUGAUAAUGGUGGUGGUGGUUUUGCAGAUUUAUUAUGUGUGAGGUGUUGAUAAGCAUAAGUUGAACAUGGGUUUUCCGUCUUAUGCGAGUGAAGUAAGUAAAUUAUGGUAGUAAAGCCCUUCGAUUUUA